AUGGUGGUGGUGGUAGAGACUGGAAUGGAAUGGACGUUGGCGAUGGUCCAGAGUCAGGUAGCGGGGUACGAGAACAAGGGUCAGCACACACUCGAAGUGUGCCAAGCUUGGGUGGCAGAGCGCGAAAUCCUCGUGGAACAGGUAGGACAAGAUCUCUCCUUACGGGCCAUCCUGCCUCGUAUGCUAGAGAACCCAGAUGCAUGGCAUGCGGUGCUCCACUUCUGCGAGGAAAUCAUGUCGCAGAAAGAAGCGGCGGAGAGGGAGCGAGAGGCCUCGCCUGACGCUCCACCGAACCGUCGCCGACGUCCAGGACACCGCAGGAGACACUACCAUCUCCAUGCCCCCUCUUAA